CUCUGUGUCUGUGGCUCUGUGCUCAAGUUGUCAGUUGCCGACAAGAGGACUUUGUAUUUUAGUUGUUUUUAAAUUAAAACUUACACUAUUUAUUUGUACUAAAAAUGGAUGACGAAGGAGAAAAUAUAUUGCUAGAAGAUAACUACUAUCAGCUGUUAAAUGUUUCCAAGACGGCAACACCAGAAGAAAUAAAUAGCGCAUAUCGCCGGUUCUCGCGUAUGUUUCACCCUGACAAACACAGCACAGAUCCUAACAAGCAAAAAUGGGCUGAACAAAUAUUCAACAAAGUGAAGGAGGCAUAUGAGGUGCUUUCAGACUCGCAUAAGCGAGCCAUCUAUGAUACAUUAGGAAAGCGCGGCUUGGAAGUAGAUGGUUGGGAAGUAAUUUUCCGUACUCGCACUCCAAGAGAAAUACGAGAGGAAUAUGAAAGGUUAAAGAGAGAAAGAGAAGAGAGAAGACUUCAGCAGAGUGCAAACCCACGAGGCACUAUAACCCUGUCGGUCAAUGCUACUGAUUUGUUUAUGAAAUAUUAUGAUGAAUAUGAAAUUCUGGAAGACACAACAAUCAUUCCCAGUAUUGAAGUAUCCGGGAUGAAUAUUCAGCAAUCCAUUGAUGCUCCUGUCACUUUAAGAAACACUAUGACAUUAUCUGGAAAUAUAUCCACUCAGAACGGAAUAGGUACCGGAUCGGUGAAUAUGUGUAACCGUCAUUUAAGUUCAGAGAAAGGUUGGACAGAGGUGGAGCUUGGCAUUGGUAAUGGACCAUUGUUAGGAUUUAAAGUGUUUCGCACCUUGUCUCGUCUAAUGUUCUUAAACUGCGGAACUGUUUUACAGUUUACACCUAGAGGAAUAUCACCGAGUCUGAUAUCAACUAUGGCACUUCAGUUGGAUGCGCAUUCUGUUGGGUACCUCACAUAUCGGGCGGGUGGUCAAGGUGGUUCCUCAAUGACAUCCAUAUAUGUGCGGGAUUCUGAGAAAUACCACACGAAUACCGCCAUUCAGAUUGGCAACCCUCAUUCUUUCAUAUCAUUCAAUGUUAUGCGGAAGCUGCCUCAGCAUGACAUGAAGUUGCGGUUGGCUCUCAAGUUUGGUACAUUUGGGGCAAUUGCUGAAUAUGGGGCCGAGAAAAAAGUGUCACAAAACAGUAGCGUCUCAGCUGCAGUCAUGUUAGGCGUACCUAGUGGAGUAAUGCUCAAAUUGAAAUGGACUUGUUCGUCGCAAACCAUAGUCGUCCCCAUCCAUCUAUGCGAAGAAGUGAUGCCAUCGCCAGUGUUUUACGCGACUGUCUUGCCAAUCGUCUCCUGGCUGGUUCUCAAGAAACUGGUACUGGAUCCGAUCGCCAGGGAGCGGCAGGAGCGCGAGAGACAGCGAUCUAUGGAGGCCAAUUAUGAAAGGUUGCAAGAAAUGCAGCGGCAGGCGAGAGCAACCGUAGAGUUGAUGAGAGAGACCUACUCCAGGAUCAGGAGCGAUGAGGAGAAGAAGAAGGGAUUAGUUAUUAUAAAGGCUGUGUACGGAAAAUUGCCUUCAGGUGCGACUAGCCACGAGGUGUCGGCAGAGCAGACGGGCGACGGCGUGGCGCCAGAGUCGCCGAGUCCCUACAGCGAGGUGAUCGACGUCACCAUCCCCAUACAGUGCCUCGUCAAGGACUCCCGACUGGAACUGCUGGAGGCUAGCAAGUCGGAGCUUCCAGGGUUCUACGACCCGUGCGUGGGCGACGACAAGCACCUCACCAUCCAGUACAUGUUCCACAACAAUCUGCACUGCUGCACCGUCGCCGACACACAGGCCCUCGUCCUGCCGCGCAACAAUCAUAGGAUAAAGAAUAGGUCCUGAAAAUUAAGAUCCCAGCGGUGCACGCGACCACAGCGCGCAAACGGCCUCCGAUCAGGCAACUGAGCGCAUCGCAUCGCAGGCAUCGAUACACGACGUACCGGAAUCCAGAAUACUGUUGUGGCUACUCAGUGGACUGAAGGCAGCUAGUAGAACAUUCCAUUUUAAACACAGGUUAACAAGAAUCUUAUUCAAUUGUAAGUUUUUUCUUCAAUAUUCUAUUAACAUAACGUCACUUCGUUGUUAUUUUCUGCGAAGGAUUGUCUUAGCUGUCUACACAAUGCAGGUCAAGUUCUGUCAAGAGCACACAAUAUUUAUGAUCCUUGUUCAAUCUGCACGAUCAGCCUUUAUUUCAUUAAUAUCACUACGAGUAUCACUAAAAGUCAUAGCGUAUGAUUACUUAAAUUUCUUAAAAAACACAAAAUCGACAUAAAAUAAAGGGAAAAUUGGCACAGCAUGGUCCAUAUCUGAACCUAGCCUGUUUCUGUAGGAACUAGCGGAAAGAAGGUUUUCUAUGAGGGAGCUAUUGAUAUCUGAGCUGGCUUCGGUGACAGCACGGAAUUAAUUUAUGUAUAUUCACUUGUUUUAUAUUCGUCAUAGCCAUCAAAGAAACAGCCAUGGCCAAAUUUCAUAAAUUUUUAACAUGCUGUUGCUACGCUGUUAAAGGCUAAAGGAAAAAUGCCCCUUUACCUUUUAUUCAAUUAGGUUUAUGUAUAAUAUUAUGUAGCCGGACUGAAAUACAAUAUACUACUAUAUUAUACCUGCGAAUGUGGUCAACCGUUGUUUCCGAUAUUCACCUUAAAAAGAAGUAUGAAAACAUAUUUAGCGUAGGAUAAAUUAAAUUUAAUUCAUAAAGCUUAGUGCUCUUAUAUUUUACA